AUGUUUUUCCUCUUCGAACCUUCAUUUUACGGCAGUGAAACAUCCCCCGGAGGUGCGUCCGAGCUGCUCCAGAAGUUCUCCCCUGAUGCCCAGGGUCGAUGUACACCACUGGCCUUUCGCCGGGGCCUGACAGCUCUGGGCCUUGCAGUUUCGGAUGAACGCUUCGAUGCACUGUUGAGCGUGCUGGACAAGGACGAGCAGGGAGCCAUCCUGCUGAAGCAGCUGGAAAUGAGGUUGACCAGGACAUCCACAAAGCCUCAACGAAAAGUUGUGGACUGGGAAGUCCCAUCUGCGCAGAAGGGUUCACAGGAUGACACCAUGUCCGAAGGCCACACAAGGACAUUUAAACGUGGCGAUUGGUUGCCCAGCGAAGAUCGGCACGGGUGUUUGACCGAGCGGGAGAGGCGGAUGAACAGCCAUCGCAGACAGCCCAAGCAGUUGGAACCCAUGACAGCCAGCGAUGUCAUCAUGGCCAAGAUCAAGGGUGUGUUAAACCGAAGGAAAAUCCGAUCUGCUGAAAUCUUUCGGUUUCUAGACACCAACGGCAAUGGUGCUGUCUCUCCCUCAGAGUUGAACAAUGGUUUGCGCAGGCUGGGGGUCCACAAGUUGAAAGAUGGGGAGCUUCGGGAGAUGGUGGCCGCGCUGGAUGUGGAUCAGAGUGGUGAUAUCAGCCUCUAUGAGUUUGACAAGGCGCUGCGCUUGGCGGAGAAGAAGGCGCGCUUCGAGGGCAGAGAGGAACUGGUGGAUACCUGGAAGGUGCCCCCUGAGCUGGCGUUGGACUUUGGCCAGAAAUAUGACUGGUCCAAGCGAACCAUGAAGUUCGAUGGCAAAUACACGGGUGAAGAUGUUUCCACCAUGGCACAGGCUGGCAGUGAGCUGAUGGAUCAGUCAUUGGAGUUUGACGAUUUCCUCAACGAGUCGCAGUGGAACUCCCAGAUGACCUCGCAGCCAAGUACGUUGCUGAACGCUGCCAGCCACCGCUGGAUGCAAGCGUCCACCGGCCCCUGGGGAGCCGCACUGUCUGCACCGGUCGGUUCGGGUAAUUUGCAUGACAACUUCAUCUUCCGGCAGAGGCUGGUGGACAACACCUGGGCUUCACGGCCUCCGAAGAUCGAGCACGAGCGCUUGCCGCUCUACAGAUAUGGUCGCUUCAAGCGUGCCAUCGCGGAGACGCGCUGGGGCGCGGAGCCGGUGCAGGUGCCGGAGCCGAUGCUGAAGAGCAGAGAGGGGUGCUUGACGGCCAGCCGUCCCCGGCGCUUGGCGGACUUAGACCGUGGGAGGGAAAAGUUCAACGCGCCACUGCUGAAAUCCGUGAUCGACUCUGUGGUCUUCGGGCACGACUUGGACUUCUCCAAUGAUAAGAGCUGCAACGACCCCUUUAAGGCAAAGUUCCAGGGAGCCUAUGGCAAAGCUUCGUGGUUUACUUCUGAAGAAGAUUUGGGAAGCGGCUUGUUUAGACACACCAUCGUGUGA